UCGAGUGAAGGGGCUGCUGAAAAAAAGAGAAACAGUCAUGAGUCGACCGGUUCUGCUUCUGCUCCUCGUUUGCCUGGUGUGUGUGUCGUGCUCUUCAGCCUUCAGAAUGGACCGAUUAGAGCGCUGCCUGUGCAGGAGAGUUUACAGGGUAAACCCUCAGAACAUCGCCGGUUAUAAGGUUCACCGUCCCUCUUCGUCCUGCAAUGCCACCGAGAUCGUGGUGUACCUAAAUAACGGGAGAAAAGUCUGCCUGGAUCCGAAGCAAAAAGCAUGGACAUACAUACUGCAAAAGGAAACAGCUUUUUAGCUCGAACGUUUGUGACCGCAAUGACUUAGCAUUUAUGCAGCGCAUAGCUUUGUCUUUGCAGGCCUCACAAAUGGUAUUCAAUAUCCCAAAAUUAACUCAGGGGACCAAACCUGAAGAACCAAACCUUGUUAGCAAGUUAAGUUAGUGGCCUGUAAACAAUAAAAGCACCAAGCUAAAGACACUUCUAGCUUUUAAUUCAUCUCACACAGCCUCCUGACUUAUUGUAAAUCAUGUUGCUGCAUUUUAUUCAAUAAUUAAUAGUCAUGUUGAGUAAUGUAUUACAUCUCUGCCAGUAUUUUGCCAUAUAGUAGUGCUUCCGUUUUAUAUCAACUGUGUAUUAUGGCAGCUUUGUAUGCUAAUUGUUUCAAAUGAUACUACAAGCUAAUCAGAGUGAAAUGUUGUUGUACAUGAACACGAACAGUAGUAUUGGGGGUUGUAAUGAAAACUGAAAGCUGAAUUAAUAACAGAAAACACAGAAACCCCCAAGAACCCCGAGCUAGUGACAAUCCCAACACAGUGAAGGUUUUUUAUUACUGUGCAAUUGCUAAACCUGUGUCAUUUUGUCUAAGUUAGUAUAUGCACAAAUGCAUGCUGAAUGUAUAAAUAUGACUGCUGUAACAAUUACUGUAACUGUUUAAACGGUGAAGAUUCUGGUCUAGAUGUAAAAGGGAUUUACAAUUUAUAAUAAAAUAC